AUGACCAAUAUAUCAGACACAUUGACCACCAAUUUCUGUCAUUCCCUGCUCACUAACAAGACUGUCUGUCAAGAUGGAGUUGUCCAGAUACUUAGUUUGAAGAAAGUGAAGAUCAACAGCACCAACCUUGAACCGAAACAGCAUAAGUGUAAAAUAAGAGUUUGCAUACUACGUAACACUGGAGGUGUCAAACUUAAGUCCAAGAAUGGAGCUUUUGUCUGUAACUUGACAUUUGCAGAUUCAUCUGGCAAGAUUAGUGCUGUCACUUGGUCGAAUGCAGCGAUCAACCCAGCAAGCUUAUUGACCAUUAGGAAAUUGAAGAUCGCUGAAAAAAUGUCCAUCAUUGAAUUAAUUGACGAUGGUAAAGUCCCUCCCUUGACAUACAACUUUAUAAGGCUGUCUGAGCUGAACUUGGUGAGAACCACUUCUUGUGAUGUCAUAUGUGUCAUCAAUAUGGUUGAUGAUGAAGUCAUAUUAUGCAAUAUCAAGCGGCCUACAAAUUCUGCACCUGUCCAUAUUCUGACAGACUUUGUUCUGGCUUCAACUUUGACUCCACGAGUCAAUGACAGAAUGACUAUCCAAGAAGUACAAGUUGUUGAUGCUUCCAGAUACACCUGCAGAGUUGCAGUCUGGGGAGAAGAAGCAAUCAAGUUCAAUGCCAUUAUCAGAGAUGUCAUCAUCAUUCAAGCAGCUCAAGUUUGCAAACAUGCUGGCACAAGUCUGUUGCUUGAAGCAGGUUCGAAGAUCCUGUUUGAGAAUGGAGGUCAAUUGAUGACAUUUAUGGAACUUUCAGACAUAACUUUUGGCGCAUCUGCAACUGCUUGCCUGUCGUCAAUGUCUGGACAGGACAAGUUAACAACAAUCUCUGAUGCUAUCUAUAAUGAGCUGGGCUCAGAUGGCAACAAGACUCUGUUCAAGACCUUUGCUUACUUGAAAGACAUCUGCACUGACCAAAUUGCCUAUCAUGCCUGCCAGAUGCUCAGGUGCAAUGGCCUUGUCAAUCCAUUCAUGGCUGAAGUGCCUAUUCAACCUCAGACAGAUCAAGCCUAUGUCAAUGAAGACAGUAAAGAAACACUCUUCAAAAUGAAACAGCUCUGGGAAUGUUGUGUAUGCCAUAAGAGUUUUGAUGAUUCUUGCAUUUGCUAUCAACUGGAAGUUCAGAUCACUGAUGGUAAAGAAUCUAUCACCAUGACCAUGUUUGACAAAGUCAUAGAAGAAAUGUUACAGAUACCUGUACAUCAAGUGGAGAACAUGCAUGUACAUCAAGAUCCACAUUUGUCCAGACUGGCAUAUGGUGGCUUGUACAAACUUGGUCAACGGCCAAGUUAUGUAUAA